GUAGGGAGGCACGAAAUGGCAGCGUUCCUCGGGUCAAAGUGCUCUUCAGUUGGGCGUGCUAUGAUGGGAAGCCUUGGAAACAAUCUGUACGGGGGCGCUACCUCGUCUAUUGAAACGGUGGCAAGACCAUCUCGUUCUGAUGUUGUCUGCCAGCAAAUCAGAACAUUCAUCCAGAUGAGAACAAACCUCAAGGUGGUGGACAACUCCGGAGCCAAGCGGGUUAUGUGCAUACAGUCCCUUAGGGGGAAGAAAGGAGCGAGGCUCGGGGACAUGAUCAUCGAUUCUAUCAAGGAAGCGCAGCCUCGCGGCAAGGUCAAGAAAGGAGACGUGGUCUAUGGGGUGGUCGUCCGUGCUGCCAUGAAGAAGGGCCGCAGCGACGGCAGCGAGGUCCAGUUCGACGACAAUGCGAUCGUCAUCGUGAACAACAAGGGCGAGUUGAUUGGCACCCGCGUCUUUGGUACGGUCCCCCACGAGCUCAGGAAGAAGAAGCAUCUCAAGAUCCUGGCACUUGCCGAGCACAUAGUUCGAGAUAUCUAUCUGCUUACCUGGUAUCUAGAGUUGUUAGUUUCGUGGAAUGAAAUGGACAUCUCCAGGAUUACAAGAGUCAUCGAGUACUGCAACAAGCACGUACAGGCAAAGCUCGCAGACGUCGGGGCCUCCUCCGACACCGCCUCCGCCGCCGCUGCCACCCCCGCCGCUCCCGCUGAGGACCUUAAUAACUGGGACGCAGAGUUCGUCAAGGUCGACCAGGAAACCCUCUUCGACCUCAUCCUGCAUUGCUUGGCUGUUAAUUUGUGGCCAUACAUAGUCAUAUCUAAAUUACCUAGCAUUGCUUGA